ACACACACACACACACACACACACACACACAACAAUCAUUGCGCAACCAAGGGUGCAGAAUGUAAGGGUAGAUAUGUAGAGAUGAGAAAUUGAGAAGGGUAAUUUAUUUUCUGCUGAAAGAUCAGGGAUGAGCAGCGGUCAUAUUAUGUGUGUGUGUGUGUGUGUGUACUCCUCUCUCUCCUCUCAGGUCUGGGCAGUCUCUCCUCCUCUGUGCCACGUCAGUUCCAUGUGGUGAAGGAGCAGAAGAACUGGACAGAAGCUCAGCAGUACUGCAGAGAGGAGUUCACUGACCUCGCCACCAUAGACAACAUGACAGAGAUGGAGAAGGUGAAUCACACGAUCCAUGAAGUAAGUGCUGAGAAUGGAAAUAGAGCUGCCUGGAUCGGCUUGUUCAAACAGAAUGAUCCCUGGAAGUGGUCAGAUGGCAGCAGCUCCUCAUUCCGCAACUGGAAAACUGGAGAACCCAAUAAUGGUGAUAAGAAGGAAUUCUGUACUAAAAUUCUGAAUUCCUCCGGUGCUUGGAACGAUGCAGGUUGUGACCAUCGUAGUCACUUCAUUUGCUAUGAAGGUCUGGGCAGUCUCUCCUCCUCUGUGCCACGUCAGUUCCAUGUGGUGAAGGAACAGAAGAACUGGACAGAAGCUCAGCAGUACUGCAGAGAGGAGUUCACUGACCUCGCCACCAUAGACAACAUGACAGAGAUGGAGAAGUUGAAGAGCCUGAUCCAUAAAGCAGGAGGAAACUCCACACAUGUGCUGGUCACUGAGAGGAAGAACUGGGCAGAUGCUCAGAGAUACUGCAGAGAGAACCACACAGACCUGGCCUGUGUGAGGAAUCAGACAGAGAAUGACAAGAUAGAGGACGUUAGAGGAAGUAGAGGUGCCUGGAUCGGCCUGUUCAGAGAUGCCUGGGAGUGGUCAGAUGGAAGCAGCUCCUCAUUCCGCCACUGGAACACUGGAGAACCCAAUGAUGUUGAUGGGAAGGAGUUCUGUGCUGAAAUCCAGAAUGCUUCCGGUGCUCGUUGGAACGAUAGAGGCUGUUACCAUCGUAGUCACUUUAUCUGCUCUGAAGACAAGCUGGUUCUGGUCCGUGACAAUAAGACCUGGUUAGAGGCGCUGCAGUACUGCCGAGAGCACCAUGUGGACCUGGUGUCUGUGACGUCUGAGCGGGUCCAGCGCUGGGUGAGGGAGCGGGCUAAAGGAGCCUCCACUGCUCACGUGUGGCUGGGCCUGCGUCACGCCUGCGGCCUGGGCUGGUUCUGGGUCUGUGGAGAGACCGUCUGCUACAACCACUGGGCCCCAGGACAAGAGCAAGUGGAGUCCUGUAAACACAGAGUGGGGGCAGUGGAGUCUGGAGGGGGGCAGUGGGUCAGCAACCUGACUGAGACCGACAAACUCAACUUCAUCUGCAUCUGUACCGUGGAGGGCCUGAAUGCCCUGCCAUAG